AUGGUGGUCCCGGCAAUUGUGGUUGACAAUGGUUCAUUCGAAUGUAGAGCUGGGUUUUCCAAUAAGGAUGAACCUAUGCUACAAUUCCGAAACGUUGUCAUGAAAUCUCGUUCAAGGAUGAGAGAAACCUUUGUUGGAUUGCUAGAUGAAAUGGACUUCAGUCAAGUUUCCUCAAAAUCUGCAUUUGAACAAAACACAGUCACACAAUUAGAUGUGCAGGAAACCGUGCUUGACCACAUUUUUUAUAACAUUGGUAUCGAAUCAUCAGGGAUCGAUUUUCCAGUGAUACUAAGCGAGCCUCUCUGUUGUCCACAUCAAUCUCGAUCUCGUGGGUUAACUUGCAGUUAUUCUAAGUGCAUCAUUGCAGAAAUUACAGAGCUUCUUUUUGAAACGUACUCAGUGAACAAGCUUACAUAUUUCGUGGACGGCCUUGCAUCAUUUUAUGCUAACUUUGGGUCUGAUCCUUCAGCAUUCAACAAUGAUACGGUGAUGGUCUCCUUUGGACAUAACACGACGCAUAUAAUCCCUUUCGUAAACGGAACCUAUAUUCCUUCUGCGUGUCGGCGAUUGUCAGUUGGUGGGGCGCACGUUUCGUGGUAUUUCCAACAACUCUUGUCUCUCAAGUAUCCCUGUCAUGCAGACAAAUUUACUAUUUCCGUAAUUGAAGUGAGAUCUUUUGCUACUUACACAUUAUUGCUUUUCCUCCAGGAUCUAAUUCGAACAUUUGGUAAGGUAUGCGAAAAUUACCGUGAAGAAAUGCACCGCUGGAAGGACGAAACAUACAGACGGGAGAAUACACAAACAUGGUGUAUUUCUUAUUCGGACGAAACACAGCGCAAAGCGCAGGUAUUGGCUGAGCGUCGACAGUUUCAAGCUGAUCGGUUGAGGGAAAUGCGUCGUAAAAGAGCGAUAAGUCAGAUAAAAGAACAGGUAGAUUCGGAUGAAUCUGAUAUUAAUAGUUUUGAUGGAGACACAAAGCGUGACCGCCUCAUUGAUGAUGUGGAGGAGAGUGAGACCGACAGGUCAACACCACCCCUUUACGAUGUGGACAUUGGUGAGGAGACGGUUCUGAAAAAGCUUAUAAAUCUUCGUGAAAGGAAAGCCACGGAACUGCUUUCCUCGUUGGCCUAUCCCGCAGCAGUACAGGCGCAAAUGACAACAGGUCCGCCAAACAACGCGCAAGGUUUAAAUGAUCAGAAGCUUAAACGUCGGCUCUUGGCUGCGAACGACUUAGAAGCAAGGCGGGGAAGUGAUUUUUGCCUUUGGCUCUCUCAAAUUAAUAACAAGCGACAAAGGAUCGCCAAGCAGCGAACUCUUCGUCAGUCGAAGGUGGAUCUAGCCACCGAACUAGGCCUGCACAGCCAGGAAAUACUGGAUGAUGGAAUGGCUAUAAGUGGUCAAAGUGCAAUCACAGAGAGGAAGCAGCGCAAAAUUGAAAAGAUCCGCGCGAUGACAAGCGAACUGAAAUCUGAACGCGGCAGUGGUGGCAAGCGCGGUGCUGGUCGAGGAGCAGCUCGGAAAACGAUUACCAGGAAAGAAUCGAGUCGCAUUAUAGCGGAAGCAGCUCCAACUGGAGACGAGGAAAUUUGGGUAGAUGAGGAGGUGGCUCUAGAAAGUUUAGACGCCUUUUCUGAGGAUAUUGGAGGUGAUUUUGUCGAGGUGGGAGACGGGGUCCCACAGCAAGGCACCUGUUCGAUCUCACCGACUUCCUUUCACCUCCCUACCCCUGUAUCUGCUGACGGCGGCCUGUCGAAAUCAAGUCUUUGUGAUGCCUUUGACAAACUUGAGGCUGAGGCUGCCGAUCUCAGUGAGUGUGAACGCGAUCAACUCGCCGUCCUCGAUAGCGUUCGAGCUGCUUAUGACCCGGAAUUUCUCAAGGAGACAGGAACGAUUGGACUGAAAGUAAAUGUUUCCGAGUACUACAAAGUUCAUCUCUCAACAGAACCGUUUCGGGCUACUGAAGUUUUGUUUGAGCGCAGUCUCAUGGGCAAUGCUCAGGUAGGCGUAGGCGAGUGCCUCUCCUGGGUGCUACGGGACGCUUCCAAAUACCUCAACGAAGACUUGACCAAACCCUGGGUUCCACGACGCCUUUUCCUCACUGGAAGCCCAGCAAAGCUACCUGGCAUGGAGGCGCGGCUGCGUUUAGAGCUACAGCAGCUCCUACCUUGGAAGGAGGAUGGCAACCCCUUGGAGGUGGUUGUUGCCGUUGAUCCUAGUCUUGAUGCGUGGAAGGGUGCCAGGAUUUGGAGCCAGCUCGCGAGCGAAAACGACUUCAGGGAGUUUACGACCAAACAUAUAUACGAUGAAUGUGGAUUCGAUUACCUGGCGGAAAGCAUAAUCAGCAAUCGUUUCUACGCCAGCUUUAAGGACCUCGAAAUCAAUCCCAAGUUCAAUCCCGGUAGAGGGCGACAACCAACAACGGCAUCUAAGCAACAGAUUCAAGAUCUACAAGGAUCGAUGGACGAACCUCCGGCACAGAUGACCGAACUGGAUCAGAUCAAAUUCAAAAUGAAUGCCGUUACAGAUGAGAGUAGCAACUGGCUCGGUUUGUUUGAAGUACUACUUGUACACUCAGAUGAUUGGUAG